UUGCCCCAAACGUUUUCCUUAGUCCCAUUUUGAAUUUUGAUAAAGAACGAACACAGAUCGCGGGAAAUCCAAAAACUUUUGAAACCAAUUUUACCUAAAAAUUCUGUGAAAUCCAAAUUCUCUUUCAGUAGUAGAGAGAGUGUCGCCAUGGAUGAGGAGCUUUUGCUUACUAGAAUCAUCACAGGAAUCGAAGGAGGAGGAGAAGACGAUGAAUCUCACUACCACGACCUCGUCACGGAUCUCAAAUCCCUACUUGAUACAGACGACGAUGAAAUUCUCAAUCGAUUCUACGGCAGCCUCUCUUCGGUGGCUUCUUCGUUUCUCCGCUGCGUCUCCGCCGCCAUGGAUUCGCCGGUUGAAUCAGGCCGUCUCGCUAUUUUAGCCUCCGACGCGUAUCUCAGUCUCCUUCUUUCAACGAAUUGCCCCGUUUUCACUUUCUUCUCUCCGAUUGCGUUUCUCUCUCUUCUGGGCUCAAUUCGCCGCUACCUCAAACGCCGUAACCGUGACGAUUCGGCUGCUCAGGGGAGUAAUUCGCAGCGGGAGAAAGGGAAUAAGAAGAAGAGAGGUCGCGGUAAGAGAAACCUAGGGUAUGAAGAUGAUGGGGGUGAGACUGAAGAAGGUGGAUUCGAUGCGAAAUUGCUGUUUAGAGUCCUCGAUCGAUUAGGCUCGGUUCUUAGUUUUGUUCAUUUAGAUAGAUUUCCAGAUAGUUUGAAAUCUUUGGUGCAGACUGUGAGUGAGAUUCCUCUAUCGGCGUUAGAACACUCUGGGUUUUUGAAUUAUGAUCGGUUGAUGGAUAUGUGUGGGAAGAUUCUGGGUGGUGUGUUGAGUUCUGAUCAUGGAGAUAUGGCAAUCACGGCGGCUGAGAUUUCUAAGUCUUUGACACCGUUGCUUCUUAUGGGUAAACAUCAAGCGAGAAGCUUUGCGUUAGGUUUUGUGUCAAGGAAAUUGAUGGGUUUGGCUAAAGAUAACUCUGAAUUGAAAAAAGUUGUUUCUAAUUUGCCCAAGUUUUUUGUUCAUAAGUCACCUGAGAAGGCUGAGCCGCGUGGAUUCGCAGUAGAGGCGAUAUUGGAGAUAGUUAAGGCAAUGGAGGUUGAGGACCAAUCAGACUUUGUUGAUUUUUUAAUGAAGAUGUGUCAAGGGAAGUCUAAUUAUAGAAUAUUAGCUGUUGAUCUUAUACCUCUGUUGAUAAGCUCAUUAGCAAAUCCCUUAGGAGUUAUUGGUUCAGAGGAUGGGUCGAAAGAUUCUUGGGGAUUAAGUUGUCUUGAUGCGUUACUUAAGCGGUGUUCAGACACGAAUGCUUUAAUUAGAGCUCGAGCUUUGUCCAACUUGGCGCAAGUCGUGGGGUUCUUGUCUGGUGAUGCGAGGAGCAGGUCGAUCCUGAAACAUGCCCUUGGGUUUAACGGCGAGACUUCAGAGGGGAAAGGUGUAGUAACUGAUCUUUUGAAGAAAAGAUGUGUGGAUGAGAAAGCGGCUGUAAGGAGAGCAGCUCUUCUUCUUGUGACAAAAUUGACUUCCCUUAUGGGUGGUUGCUUUGAUGGUAGUAUCCUAAAGACAAUGGGUACUUCUUGUUCUGAUCCGCUCAUAAGUAUUAGAAAGGCUGCAAUUUCAGCUCUUUCUGAGGCCUUCAGAAUUUGUACAGAUGAAAUUGUGACCACUGAAUGGUUACAUUCAGUUCCUCGAAUGAUCAUGGAUAAUGAAACUAGCAUCCAAGAAGAAUGCGAGAAUGUCUUUCAUGAACUAGUUCUGGAAAGAAUAUUACGAGCUGGAAAUGUGCUUUCUCCAGACAGUGCUUCUCUCCCUAACAACGGGAACACUACUUCAAAAAAUCUAGACGGAGACAUUGAAGCCUUGUUUCCAGAAGGAGUCCUGGUUCUCUUAAGGGAGCUUUGCAACAGCGAGGUUUCUCCUUGGGUUACGAAAAUAUGUGGAAGUUUGGGAAAGAAGAAGCGACUAAAACCAAGAGUUGCCUUUGCGCUCCAGAGUAUCAUAAAGGAAUCUGAAUCACUGUGGUUGAGCCGUUCAAUGCCAAUAAAUAAAUGGACCGCUCCUGCUGGUGCUUGGUUCCUUCUAUCAGAGUCUGAAGGGCUUGAUGAACAAGGUGAGGAACAGGGUGUCGAGUGUAAUUCUUCUACAUGGGCUGGCGAUCGAGUUUGUCUUUUGCAAACAAUCUCCAAUGUUUCCCUUCAGCUGCCAGCAGAGCCUGCUGCAGACCUGGCUGACAAUUUGCUGAAGAAAAUCGAAAAGUUUAACCUCCAUUCUGCUGAGGUCGAUGCACAUGUUAAAGCAUUAAAAACUUUGUGCAAAAAGAAGGCAUGCGCCUCUGAGGAGUCUGAUAUGCUUGUCAAGAAGUGGGUAGAACAACUUUUAUCUAAGGCAUCUAAGGUCACUGAGAAGUACAUCGAGGGGGUCUCUAGUAAUAAUCAUUCUUUUGUUACACCAGCAACACUCGGAAGUAGAAGAAGCAAGAGACUGGAUUCUGUGUCCAAGAAGUUAUCAAAAGUAGUCACAGCAGUAUAUACCAUUGGAUCUUGUGUCAUUAUAUAUCCUUCUGCUGACACCACCAAAAUUGUUCCGUUGUUACAUACUGUCAUCACUUCAGGAAAUUCUGACUCAAAGCUGAAAAACAAAUUGCCACAAGGUGAUGUUUGCUUGAAACAAAAAGCUCCUCCUCUCUACAGUCAGUCUUGGUUGACCAUGGCGAAGAUGUGUUUGGCUGAUGGGAAGCUUGCUAAAAGAUAUAUCCCUCUCUUUGCACAGGAGCUUGAAAAGAGUGACUGUGCAGCCUUGCGUAACAACCUUGUAGUGGCAAUGACAGACUUUUGUGUUCAUUAUACAGCCAUGAUUGAGUGUUACAUACCAAAGAUUACAAAACGUCUUAGGGAUCCUUGUGAAGUUGUUAGAAGGCAGACCUUCAUACUUCUCUCAAGGUUAUUACAGAGAGACUACGUGAAGUGGAGAGGAGUCCUCUUCCUUCGGUUUCUUCUAUCGCUAGUGGAUGAAUCUGAAAAGAUACGCCGACUUGCAGACUUUUUAUUUGGUAGCAUCCUUAAAGUUAAGGCGCCACUUCUAGCUUACAACAGUUUCGUGGAAGCUAUUUAUGUCUUAAACGACUGCCAUGCCCACACUGGCCAUAAUAAUCCAGAUUCUAAACAAUCAAAAACAAAGGAUCAAGCUUUUUCUGUCAGAGGGAAUGAUGAAAGGGCUAGGUCUAAAAGAAUGCAGAUUUACAUUACUCUGCUUAAACAGAUGGCUCCAGAACACCUAUUGGCCACAUUCGCCAAAUUAUGUGCAGAGAUCCUCGCAGCUGCUUCUGAUGGAAUGCUCAACAUAGAGGAUGUCACUGGUCAGGCAGUCCUACAGGAUGCAUUUCAAAUCUUGGCAUGCAAAGAAAUCCGCUUAUCAGUUUCCAGAGGAGCAUCGUCAGAGACAGUGGAGAUGGAGGAAGAAGGUGGAGACUCCAAUGCAGCUGCUGCGAAAGGAAGAGCCAUAACGCAAGCUGUUAGAAAAGGUUUGAUUCAGAACACCAUUCCAAUCUUCAUUGAGCUCAAGAGGCUAUUGGAGAGCAAGAACAGUCCUCUUACAGGUUCGCUCAUGGACUGCCUCCGUGUCCUCCUCAAAGACUACAAGAACGAGAUUGAAGAAAUGCUCGUCGCUGACAAACAGCUUCAGAAAGAGCUUAUUUACGAUAUGCAGAAGCACGAGGCUGCAAAGGCAAGGUCCAUGGCUAACCAAGGGGUUGCCUGUGGGACGAGUCGUGGAAACGGUGAACCUGAAGAACCAGCAACAAGCGAGAAUGUUAGAGAUUCGGGAUUGGAAUCGAGAGUGGUUGCGGCGGCUGCUGAUGCGGUGGCAGCGAAGGCGGCUAGGUCGGUGUUGAAAGAGAUAAAUGGUGGAGCUGCAACGCCGCCUCUGAGUGCAAUGAGUGUUCCAAAGCUAAGGUCGAGCCGUGGAGGUAUCCAGAGUGGUCGACCAUCGGCUGAUGUGUUGGAGUCUUUGAGAAGAAGACCAACGUUCAUGUCUGAUGAUGAGAGUUAGAACUUAGAACUUAGACUCUAGCAAUAGCUUUGCUGUAAAUGCGUAACUUUGAUAUUUUUCUUUUCUUGAGAUUCGAUCGACACUCUAGUAUAUUUACUAUUAAACUGCAUCAGACAUUAAAUAUGAAUUUUUAA